AUCCAAAGAAACAGUUUCCUAUUGCCCAUAAUGCAGCGCGGAACCGGAAACAAGUUCACUUGACAGACAUGGUUGCCUGGUUCUCAGGACGAUAAAGAAGGAAGUGUGAGUGGUGCAUUGCAAUGUAAAAAAAAAAAACAAGCAAACUAAGGAAUAAUAAGUUUCUCCUACCAGCCAUUUUCAUAGAAAGUUUAACACACCAUCUUUUGAUUCCAUGAAUGAAGAAAGUCGGGGCCGCAAGCCGGCCUGCAACAAAUGAACUGAGGGCGCCCGCCUGUCAGUGGCUGCACCACCAUGUCAUUUUUCAAGAAGAAAGGUCGGUCAUGUCUAAAUUAUCAGGAACAUGAGGCAAAGUCCAGACUUUCAAAGACCCUGGAGCAGGUCCUUCAGGACAGCACUGCACUUCCAUAUUUCAUUCAGUUUAUGGAGCUACGAAGAGUGCAACACUUAGUCCAGUUCUGGCUAGAAGCAGAAAGCUUUCGCUCCACCAGCUGGUCCCGCAUCAGAGCACAUAGCUUAAAUACAGUUAAACACAGUUCAUUAGUUGAGCCAGGCUCUCCUUCCAGAUUAAAAGACAGUAUGGAACCAUCAGAACACACCUCCGAGCCUGACAGUGAUACAGAGCAGACUUCUAGUUCACCCAUUUGCAAAGUGAAGGUCUUGAAUAACAGAACUACAAACUCCCCAAACCUUUCUUUAAAUAAAGUUAAUGCCAUCCAUCAUUGCACAUCUAAGAAGGAGUACACAGGAACUCAAGACCUACAGCAACCAUCUUCCACAGUUACAAUACCUAAUAGAAACCAACCUUCCUUUUCAGUAAAAGACUUACAAGGAAAACUUAUGAAAAGUAUCGAACGAGAUGCUGUUAAUAUUUUUACCAAAUAUAUUUCACCUGAUGCUGCUAGACCUAUACCAAUUACAGAACCAAUAAGGAAUGAUAUAGUAGGUAAGAUAUGUGGAGAAGAUGGGCAGGUGGAUCCCAAUUGUUUUGUUACUGCACAGUCCAUUGUAUCAUAUGUUAUGGAAAACGAGCACUUUAGUGAAUUCUUACGCAGUCAGCAUUUCUGUAAAUAUCAGAUUGAAGUAUUGACGAGUGGCACUGUUUACUUGGCUGACAUCCUUUUCUGUGAGUCUGCACUUUUCUAUUUCUCAGAGUACAUGGAAAAAGAAGAUGCAACAAACGUUUUGCAGUUCUGGUUGGCUGCAGACAACUUCCAGGCACAACUUGCUGCCAAAAAAGGGCAGUAUGAUGGACAGGAAGCCCAGAAUGAUGCGAUGAUCCUGUACGACAAGUACUUCUCUCUUCAGGCAACUCAUCCAUUAGGGUUUGAUGAUGCAGUGCGGUUAGAAAUUGAAUCUAAUAUCUGCAGGGAAGGUGGGCCACUCCCCAAUUGUUUUAUGACACCGUUACGACAAGCCUGGACUACCAUGGAGAAAGUUUACCUGCCUGGCUUCUUCUCAAGCAGCCUUUACUACAAAUACUUGAAUGAUCUCAUCAAUUCAGUACGAGAGGAUGAGUUUUCAGCGGGGAGUGCAAACCUGAUUAGCCAAGGGUCUGGUACCCUAACUGAUGGUGAAUCUGGGUCUGGCAUUGCUGAUACUACACUUGUACAGCACAGCGUCAAGAAGGCAAACAUAAAAAUCCUAAAAAAUUUUGAUGAAGCAAUAACAGUAGAUGUCGCAAGUUUGGAACCAGAGUCUUUGUAUCAGCGUUCAUAUGCAGGGAGGAUGACAUUUGGAAAAGUCAGUGAACUGGGCCAGUUUAUCCGAGAAAGUGAGCCUGAGCCUGACAUGAAGAAGUCAAAAGGCUCGAUGUUUUCUCAGGCUAUGAAGAAAUGGGUACAAGGUAACACAGAUGAGGCUCAAGAAGAGAUGGCAUGGAAGAUCGCUAAGAUGAUUGUGAAUGAUGUAUUGCAGCAGUCACAUUAUGAAGAAGUCAUUAUUAAAUGUACUAAGCUUUGACGGAGAAAGAAAAUGAAGAAUUACAUGUUCCUGUUGAAGAGGUGCUGAGGUUACCAAGCUAAAUCUUCUUUACCACAGUCAAUGGCAACAAAGGAAAUUCUGCAUCUCUACAGCCCAGUGUAGUUUCUUUGGCCCAAGCUACCACUCAGUGUCAUUUCACAUGAGAAAAUAUUUUUUUGGUCUGCCUUCUGCUUACUAUGAAGGUUUUUUAUUCACAUGAAGGUUAUUAUAUAGAUAAAUUUAUGUGACAGUUUGAAGGCCGACUAUUGAAUAGAAGGAAUUGUUUGAAGGUCUGAUAGCAUUAACAUAAAAGAUUAUGGAAGGUUACACAAAGAAGCCGUUUGCUGCUAUAUGCUAAAUUCAGUGUAUGCAUGCACAGUGCGCUACCCCAUGCGCCUGUCUGCUAUUCAGAAGUCUUUGCCAAAUUGACAUGGUGAAACCUAAUGUUGCACAACUCCGUGAGAGAAUCAGCCUGAAUAUGCACAGCACAAAUUGAAUGUUUGACUGCGUCCCCACUGUUAAUCAUGUCUGUGCUUCCACAUAGCAGAUGUAUAAUAUCCUUUUUACACUGAGGGAUAUUUUUGUAGGGCUGUAAAAAGCCAGUAGUUGUCUUGUAAUUCUUGUAGUUAAAAAAAACAUAUCCAGUGUUAUUUUUCUUGAUCUAAAAAUGUGCAAGCACUUAUAACAUAUGACCGGCAUCAGUAGUGCAGCCUUCCUUUCUAGAGUUGAUAUGGACACAUCAUUGCCUGCUGUUUGCUUGGGAGGGGACACAGGAAAAUGGUACUCAUUUUCCUUUUUUGGACAACUGACAUUUACCAUGGGUCACAGAUCCUUUAUUCAGUGAAGUAUCUGAGAUUCUCUUUAUGCUUGUCUUCUUUCCAUUUCUUCACAAUUCCCAUACUACGCUGUCACAGUUCUAACAGUCAGUGCUGCAAACUUCACCAGCAUUGUCCAUUUUUAAUUACAAGGAGAAGCUAGUAAGCCCCCCGUGACCUCCAUGAUGUUUGUUGACACUGUUUAAAGACAUUUUUUGCCCUAUUGUCUUCCUGACAUAAUAUUUCAGGACUGGUCCACAAAUGUCACCAUUUAGUGUUGCAGCACAAUUCAGUCAUUCUGUAUCAGAGAGCUUUCUUGUUAACAUAAUCUUACAUUUCUGUACCUUACAGUGAUUAACAUUGUCAUAUUUGUUCUUUAAUGUUUGAAACUAUUAGCCAUGGCUUCCUAUACCAUUUUUUGCUAGUUUUAAAAGGUAAAGAAUCUGUUGAGCUGUGUAUAGAGUUUGAGUUACCACUCCAUAUUGCAUCGUAUGUAGUUUACUUAGGGGAGGAAAUAACCACUUUGGUAGUUAAUAUUUUCCUGCAGAUCUCCAUGGUACUCCAUAUGAUGUUCCAAAAGCAUCUCCAAUGUGUUUUCUGAUAGUGAAGCCUGAUCUAUUACAUAGUUCUGUUCAGUCUUCAUAUCUGUAUAUAAUGUGCACUGUAAUAUUGUUAAUAAGCAACAGAAAGACUCUGUAUAUGAUUUUUUGGUACUGUGUACCAGUGAUAUAUUUUUCUGAUGCCUAAGUAUUCAUAUUAUUAAUCCAUAAUCUAUUUAAUUGUGUUUGAUUUAAAAUACAUAUAUGAUUCAAACAUCA